GGAUGUUUAGAGAAAUAUGAUUACACAGAUCCACACUUUCCUAAACAAAUAUUGAAGUACUUUCGAAGAAGAUUUUUUCAAUAAUGAAAGAUUGGACUUAAUGUUUCAGUACAAAACUUUGAUGAACCCUUAGUUAGCUGUCGAACGUCUGUUGACUUAUUUGGAUCUCAAUAUAGUUUAGUAAGACCUUCCCAAACUGUUUCGUAAUCGGUAACGCGUCUGCUUACGAAGUUCAGUAUUUUGGUCUGCAAAAAUCAUACAAUUUGCGCCGAUGGUCUCAGGUUUACUCCAAAAUUUCCCAAAGCUUAGAUUUGAUGUCUUUUUUUUAAAUUGCAAACUCUAAGAAAAUCUGGGUAACCUAACCUUCCGGACUCGUAAGUUCUCCAGAGGCUCCUGGUCCGACGACCACCUCCUGGCUCCCUACUUGAAAACCUUCGACGAUACCGGCCCGCCAAUCUUCCAUGGCUUCUGGCACGACGGCCCACAACUGAUUCCGGUCCACUCCAAUGUCUCCAGGCCAACGACCUCCUUGGAUCCCAGACUCGACGCCUCCGACGCCCGGCUGAAAGCCACCACAUGGAUUCCCGGCUCGAAGCCACAGAAUGGUUUUCCGGCUCGACGCCACCGAAAGGAUUCCAGGCACGAUCACCUUCCAUCGUAUUCCAGGCAUAUCACCUACGAAUGGAUUCCCGGCUCGACGCCCUUCCAUUCGGUUCCCAGGCUCGACACAUUUUUAAACGAUCCCGUGUCGUCCUAAUGCCGCUGAUGAUUCUUCUCCAUUCCACUAGUGCUGUCUGUCUAACAGGUUAUAGGCCCAGCACUAGUGGAAAAGAGAAGAUCCACUCCAAUUUAAACCGUCAAAUCAGUUUCAGUGAUAACAUCUUAUAAAGCACUCAACCAGCUUCAACGACCUGUCAAAUGCCUGCACCCUCUGCCUCAUCUGCAGUCGGCAACACCCGCAAGCCUUCUCAACCAGAACAGGAACAAAGUCUCUCAGAUUUCCGUAUUUUAUCAAAAUGCAGGCAGCAUGCGAACUAAAACCAACGAGUUCCUGUUAGCCUUCGCGACAGCCGAAUACGACAUUGUGAUGAUAACUGAGACGUGGCUGAAAGAUGACAGUUCCAACUCCGAGUUAGCUUCAACCCAUAACAUUUACCGCUGUGAUAGAAAUUCUAAUAAUAGUCAUCUUAGACGUGGUGGUGGUGUAUUGAUUGCGGUCCGACACGGUAUCGAUGCAGUAUCUGUAACAGCACCUGAUUGCGACAGCCUCGAACAAGUUAUUGUGCGUAUAAAGCUUCAACAUCGUUCUGUAUACUUGUUUUCUAUCUACUUCAGGCUCAAUAGCGAAACCUCUUUGAAUACAUCGCACAUGUCCACUCUUGACUAUAUCCUGAAUACAGCAACCUGCCAAGACUUCGUUGUUGUAGCUGGAGAUUACAAUCUACCGAAUUUGCAUUGGAGCUACGACGAAGAUGCUAAUGAAGUUUUGCCAGUGAACGCUUCCACAGAACAGGAACUCGCUGUGAUCGAAUCGACAAUAGCGUGUUCCCUCUUAAACGUUAACGGCAGAGUUCUUGACCUCAUUUUUAUAAACAGACCCGACCAAGCUGAACUCGUGCACCCACCAAAAGCAAUUUUAAACACUGACCGUCAUCAUCAUCCACCAAUUUUACUCCUUGAGUAUAGUUCCGAUGAGCCUAUGGACACGGGUAGCCCUCUCAGACAAAAUUUAGGCUUCGCGCACUGCAACAUCGAAAGGGUUGCUGAAUUAUUAGACGAGACAAACUGGCAAUCAGCUUUUGAAGAUCUGAAUGUCGAUGAUGCGGUAUCUGCUUUCUACGGUCAACUUUGGAGCGUACUAUGCGAGCAAACGCCCCAUUAACGAUCCACCCACCGUAAGCCUUAUAAACUUCCCUGGUGGAACUUUGGACUGCGAAUAAACCGCAAUUUGGUCCGAUAAGCUCGCAAACGCUUCUUCCGAAUCAAAACGGAUAAUAAUAAAGCACACCUAUUUAGGCUAGAGAACAAACAUUCGGCUUUGCGCAAUUCCACUUUUCAACGAUACAUCCAGCAUAUUGAACAUGAUAUAAAGCAAGAUCCCUCUACUUUUUGGAAGUAUAUCAAUAGCCGCCGUCUCACAAACAUUGUUCCUUCAUCUGUCACGUUCCAAGAACGCACAUCGGGUACUGCUAGAGAGUCAGCUGAUUUGUUUGCCGCAUUUUUCAGCAGUGUGUAUAGUUCGCAAACCUUAAACUGUGACGACGCCUACUUCGAAUCUUUGCGUGCCUACAACAUUAGGCUGCCACAGCCUAAUUUCACUAUUAAGAAGGUGUUUAUUGCUUUGAGUAAGCUCGAUCCGUCGAAAGGACCCGGUCCUGAUAGGAUUCCAUCGUCGUUGGUAUCAACAAUUGCAGCAUCUCUUGCCGUACCGCUACCUAUAAUUUUCAACAGAUCGAUUUCUGAAUGUGCUUUUCCCAGCCACUGGAAAACUACUUCAGUAUUUCCAAUCCUUAAAUCUGGAAACUCUCAACGUGUAGAGAACUACCGGGCCAUAUCAAUCCUGCGCUGCUUUUCCAAAGUGCUCGAGUCUCUGAUACACGAAAGCCUAUAUUCAGCAGCUAAACCGAUACUCACCGAAUACCAGAACAGAUUUGGGAAAAAAUCGACGCUGACAAACCUGAUGUGCUAUGUAAAUAAAUUGCACACCGGAACAAACAAAAAAGCAAGGGGAUUCAAUAUAUAUCAACUUUGCCAAGGCUUCCGACAAAGUACAACACAGCAUAGCAAUAAUUAAGCUCGAACGCUACAGUUUUCCUUCAUGUAUAAUAAAAUGGCUGCAUUCCUACCUUGUAAAACGGUUACAAGGUUACAUAAACAUCCGAGGAACACACUCUACAGAAUUCGACAUGCCGUCUGGUGUUCCAAAAGAAAUUACAUCGUCCAUCGUUACAUUUUUUUGUACUGUGUUCGAUCGAACCGAAGAGGAAGUCGUUGGUCCGUAGAUCGUAACUACGCUCUGCUACCAGGUCGUCAAACCGGUGGUCAAACCAUGGAAGGGCGUCGAACCGUAAACAAAAGUGAAGACCGUUGGGCUGGAGCCACUCAGAGGCGUUAUUCAUCUCUUAUAUCUUUGUCAUCUCUUAUAUCUUUUAUAUCUUCUUACGAAGGCCGCAGCAGUUUACGGUAGAACUACGCUGGAAACGAAUGGUACAUUGGUUCGUUUGAUGGUACUUUACAACGCAAACGUCCAUAUUAUUCAACUACUUAAGGAUGACCACUGACCAGAGAACAAAUUAAAAGUAGAAUUGUGCAGUGUUCUUUUACAAAUAAAUAAUAAGUGUAGUUACCAAGUGUUAUAUAUAAGGAAAGUAUUCGAAAAAAAUAUAACACUUUGAUUUGUGAAUAAUUUUUGGAUGCAUAAAUGUGAAUUGAUAAAGAGACAAUUUUUUUAUCAGGAUCGAGAAAGAUCUUUCAAUUCAUAUGGUAAAUCGUUCGACGAGCCCUAGAGGAUGUAACAGUGAGCUUAAAUUUGAAAAAUAGUGAAGAUGAUUGAUUCCAUGAAGUUAAGAAAUGUGAGAGGUUUUAACAAGCGUAAUCCAAAAAUAUCAAGUGGGGAACUGAUAAAUACAUCAAGUUUUCUGACUCGUUCGUCUAGCUCAGUGGUAUUCCAAACUCACUCAUCGUCCCUCCUGUCUAGAUAUUUUAGAGUUAACCGUCCUUAAGGAUAUUUUGAAACAAGUUUCUUUUGGGAAAUGCAAAAAAAAUUGGCAACUUUGAACCAUACUCAAGGUUCUCAACGCCCCUCUGGGGGCGGUAGAGAGUACUUUGAAAACCACUGGACUAGCUGAAUAAACUACAGGACCUACUUCAUUUCGACAAGGUUAAAUAGCUACCCACUGGUAAAAUAACAAAAUACGGUGGUCAAAUCGUGAGCAAAAAGUUUGGACCGCUAACGGGAAGAAAUUUUGAAAAAUUUCGUAAUGGGCAGCAAAACGAACUCUUUAGCGGGCAUCUGGCAGGUUUUUCAGUUACAAACUUUUUGUUGACAUCUCUCUUGGAUUUUUUUUUAAGCUUGAGCUUGAGCUAUGAACUACGGG